CUCUCAUGUCUCCCCCAGCAGUUGUGUAGAAAAGAAUCCAGAAGAAUUUAUGCUGGAACAAGCUGCUUUUUUGUGCUGCUGCAGUAAAACGAAGACCAGAGCUGGAGUGAUUCCUGACCAAAACAAAAGUUCCUUACGUGUUCAUAACAACUCCUUUGAGGUUGGUACAGUAGGCCUCACUAAACUUAGCUGCAACUAAGAAUUUCUCCUACAUCAACUGAGUUAAGGCUGAUGCUCUUGUGGAAUGUGGAUUAAAAGUGCGUGCUAAGUUCCCAAAUUUGAGAAGCGGAGAAAAGUAAAUGUACCACUGCCACCAGCAUCAGGACAGCAAACCAAGGGACAAAGAAUUUGACCCGCUGUGUUGAUUUUGGUUAAAACUGGUUUCACGUGGUGCUUAAGAGACGUUGGCUGGGGGGCGAGAAGUGGACGUCAGCGAAGGCUUUUUGGUUACAAAAUGAGGGCUUCUUUGGAGCCAGCAGACAUUGCCAUUGUGGCCCUGUACUUCGUGCUUGUAAUGUGCAUAGGUUUCUUUGCCAUGUGGAAAAACAAUCGGAGCACCGUCAGUGGCUACUUUUUGGCAGGGCGUUCUAUGACCUGGGUAGCUAUCGGGGCCUCGUUGUUUGUGAGCAAUAUUGGAAGUGAACAUUUCAUUGGGCUCGCAGGAUCUGGAGCGGCGAGCGGAUUCGCCGUAGGCGCGUGGGAGUUCAACGCCUUAAUGCUUUUGCAGCUUUUGGGAUGGGUCUUCGUGCCAGUCUACAUCCGGUCGGGAGUGUACACCAUGCCCGAAUACUUGUCCAAGCGGUUCGGAGGGCAUAGGAUUCAAAUCUAUUUUGCAGCGUUGUCUCUAAUUCUUUAUAUCUUCACCAAACUCUCGGUUGACUUGUAUUCAGGGGCGCUUUUUAUCCAAGAGUCCCUAGGGUGGAACCUGUACCUGUCGGUGAUCCUGCUGAUCGGAAUGACGGCGCUGCUGACUGUGACCGGAGGGCUGGUGGCCGUCAUCUACACGGACACCCUCCAAGCGCUGCUUAUGAUCGUCGGGGCCCUCACACUCAUGAUCAUAAGCCUCAUGGAGGUCGGUGGGUUUGAAGAAGUGAAAAGGAGGUACAUGUUGGCGUCACCGAACAUCACCUCCAUCCUCCUAACCUACAACAUCUCCAACGCCAACUCCUGCAACGUCAAUCCAAAGCCCGACUCUCUCAAAAUGCUGCGCGAGCCGACGGACGAAGACAUUCCCUGGCCCGGAUUUCUGCUGGGACAGACCCCGGCCUCGGUGUGGUACUGGUGCGCUGACCAAGUCAUAGUGCAGAGAGUUCUGGCCGCCAAAAACAUCGCUCAUGCCAAAGGCUCCACCCUCAUGGCCGGCUUCUUGAAGCUGCUGCCCAUGUUCAUCAUCGUGGUGCCGGGGAUGAUCUCCCGCAUCCUGUUUGUGGAUGACAUCGCCUGCAUCAACCCCGAGCACUGCUUCCAGGUGUGCGGGAGCAGGGCCGGCUGCUCCAACAUUGCCUACCCGCGCCUGGUGAUGAACCUGGUGCCCGUGGGGCUGCGCGGGCUCAUGAUGGCCGUGAUGAUCGCCGCCCUGAUGAGCGACCUGGACUCCAUCUUCAACAGCGCCAGCACCAUCUUCACGCUCGACGUCUACAAGCUGAUCCGGAAGAGCGCGACCUCCCGGGAGCUGAUGAUCGUGGGCAGGAUCUUCGUGGCCUUCAUGGUGGUGAUCAGCAUCGCCUGGGUGCCCAUCAUCGUGGAGAUGCAGGGCGGGCAGAUGUACCUGUACAUCCAGGAGGUGGCGGAUUACCUGACCCCGCCGGUGGCCGCCCUGUUCCUCAUGGCCAUCUUCUGGAAGCGUUGCAAUGAGCAGGGGGCUUUCUACGGCGGCAUGGCCGGGUUUGUCCUGGGCGCCAUCCGGCUGGUCCUGGCCUUCUUCUACCGCGCUCCCGAGUGCGACCAGCCGGACACCAGGCCCGGCUUCAUCAAGAACAUCCACUACAUGUACGUGGCCACGGCCCUGUUCUGGAUCACCGGGGCCGUGACGGUCGUGGUGAGCCUGCUCACGCCACCGCCCACCAAGGAGCAGGUCCGGACCACCACCUUCUGGGCCCUGAGGAAGCGCGGUGCGCCGGAGAGCGCCGGCAAGGGGGAGCUGUACCAGGCGCAGGAGAAAAGCAUCCUCAAGUGCAACGAGAACGCCAACCACAUCAUUCCCAACGGGAAGUCAGAGGAGAACAUUAAAAACGUGAAGCCGGAGGACAUCAACCUCCUGGUGACGUGCAGGGAUGACAGCAACCCGGUGAUCUCGGUGAGCCACUCCGAGGUGGAGACGCCCGUGGAUUGUUAUUCCAACGGACAGGCGGCCCUGAUGGGGGAGAAAAAGCACGAGGAGGAGGAGGGGACUGACGACAGGGAGAGACAUUUGAAAUUCAUAGAUUGGUUCUGUGGCUUUAAAAGUAAAAACGUAAACAAGAGAGUGGUUCGGGAGGUUGAGGAAGAGACUGUUUGUUUACAAAUGCUGGAAGAGACUCCAAAAGUUAAACUAUUACUAAAUACCGGACUGGUCUGUGUCUGUUCGCUUGGAAUCUUCAUGUUUGUCUACUUCUCUUUGUGAGUGAAUAGUGAACUUUUAAGGGUAUGGCUUAAACAUACAGAAGUUGAUACAGGUCUCUGGAGGUUUUUUUGGUUUUUCUUUUCUUUUCAAACAACAUAACCACAACCCAGGCAUUGUUU